AUGAAGAAUCGGCUAUUGAACGAUUCAGAACAUUUUGGACACCCAUACGUGCCAUAUAAGAUACAAAUCGAGCUUAUGAAAGAGAUAUACUCUUGUAUUGAGAAUGGAUGCAAAAUAGGAAUAUUCGAGAGUCCCACAGGGACAGGUAAAACACUUUCGCUAAUUUGCUCAACCAUGACUUGGCUCAGGGACUUUAAGAAAGAGUCAAUUAUUCAGGAAACAAAGAGGAACGACGACGAUGACGAAGAUAACGUGUCGGAUGAUGAGCCAGAUUGGGUCAAGGCUGCUUAUGCGGACUCUAUUUUGAAAAGGUCUUCCUCCUUGGCUAAGGACUAUGAACUACACUUGGAUUCUAUAGAAAGCCAAACUAAGAAUAGAAUACAGAAAAUCCACACACUAAAAGAUCAAGAGAAAAAGCGCUUCAAAAAGUCGUCUGUCGUACUAAAAGAGAGUGAACCUGGCGAGCUAGAUUCCUCCUUCGUACCAGAUGACUACUACAGUGACUCCGAAAUAAGCUCUAAUAAAAAUAUCAAUGACCAGAUGUCAUCGCAGGUGAAACAAUUGCUUACAAAGGUUAAUGGUCCUAAGGAAACAGUAGAGCUCGUUAAUACAUGCCCGACCACUAUAUACUACUCAUCACGUACCCAUUCACAAUUGAAUCAAUUUGCACAACAGUUGAAAUUGACUUCAUUUGAGUCUUCCUUUGUUAAUGUGGCUGAAAGAACUAAGUUCUUGCCAUUGGCUUCAAGGAAGCAACUUUGCAUCAAUCCUAAAGUUUCAAAACUUAAAGAUUUAACGAGUAUAAAUGAUGCAUGUAUGGAUCUACAAAAGAGCGACAGUACUUCCUGCGAGUUCAUUCCCAAGGCAGGGCAUCCUCUAUCCGAAGAGCUCACAAAAGAAUUUGUAGAUACCUCUUUCACGUCUAUCCACGACAUAGAAGACUUGGUUGCAAUUGGUUCUUCAUUAAAGAUUUGUCCUUACUACUCAGUACGGAAAGGUGUCGAAUUAAGUGAGAUCAUUGCCUUGCCCUAUCAAAUGAUACUCCAGGAUUCAACAAGACGGUCUUUAAAUUUAAACAUUGAUAAUGCGAUUGUAAUAAUAGAUGAGGCCCAUAACCUUUUCGAUGUCAUAACUUCCAUAUAUUCAGUGAAUUUAUUGGAAUCAGAUAUAAUAUUAGUUAUAAACUCAUUGAAGGCAUACUUGAAGAAGUUUUCUCCAAGACUAAACAGUGGUAAUAGAAUAAAUCUUAUGAAAUUAAUCAAGUUGUGUCUGGUGUUGAAAAGUUUCAUGGAAAAAGCUAAGUCUACCGAAAUAGUUCCUGGUAAGGAAAUAUUCAUUGACGAAAUCUUCAAAGGAACCACUGGAGAUACGGUUAAUGUUCAUAAUAUUGAAAAGUUCUUGACGAAGAGCAAAAUUGCAUACAAAGUACAAGGUUGGAUUGACAAACAACAAGAAUUGUCAUUGUCACCAAAUCUGGCCCCAUCGUCUUCAUCAUCACCACUUCUUUUUAAGAUCACCUCAUUUCUUAAAUCCUUAGCUAACCCAUCCAAAGAAGGUAAGUUCUUUUGGGAUAAACCGACCAAAUCAACUAUUUCCAUAAACUAUAUGUUGCUUGAUCCUAGCUCUAUUUUCAAAGAUAUUGUAACUAGAGCAAAAUGUGUAAUACUAUGUGGAGGGACAAUGGAACCGAUGUCAGAUUACACCAACUAUCUUUUCCCAUACAUAUCAAAAGAACUUAUCAGAAACUUCUCUUGCAAACACGUUAUUCCUGACUCAAACUUGCAUGUCUUUCCACUAGGUACCUUUAGAAAUCAAGAGUUCAACUUUCAGUUCGGCACAAGAAACAACCCUACAAUGAUCGAAAAUUUGGGUCUUUGUAUUUUGAGAAUAUGCCAAGCAGUACCUCAUGGUGUGGUGGUAUUCUUUCCAUCUUAUAAGUAUUUGGAAGAGGUGCUAGAGCAGUGGAAGGGGAAGACCUUGCUAUACGAAAAGUUGUCAAGCAUCAAGACAAUUUUAACAGAACCUCAGAACUCAUCUGAUGUCGAUUCAGUGCUUACAAAGUAUUCAAAAGCAAUAUAUACUGAAAACAGAGGCUCAAUAUUGUUAUCAGUUGUUGGAGGAAAAUUAUCGGAAGGUAUAAACUUUUCUGAUGAAUUGGCUAGAGCUGUUGUUAUGGUUGGACUACCUUUCCCCAACGCAUACUCUGGAGAAAUGGUUGCGAGAAUGAAAUACAUUGAAGCAGACACUAUAAGCAAAGGAGGAACUCCUGCAAUGGGACGUGAAGCAACUAGACAGUUUUAUGAGAACAUUUGUAUGAGAGCUGUCAACCAAAGUAUCGGAAGGAGUAUUAGGCAUAUUAAUGAUUAUUCUAUACUUUAUUUAAUUGACGGUAGGUAUGGGAAUCCUGGCAUCCAAAAGAAACUAAGCGGUUGGGUCAAAGAACAAUUACCCCAGCAGGUGCCUAAUCAAGGAGGUUGCAUUGAUUUCGAAUCUGCAAUGCAACUCACUACAGAAUUCUUCGAAGUUCAUGGCGAUAAACAAGUAGAGAUUCGAAAACUCUAG